GGCCGGGCGCGGGUCCAGCGCCGAAGGAGCCGAGCGGCGCCGGGCGGCGGAUCGCGCGGAGGGCGGUGGCUGGGCCCGCCGAGCCAUGGCGGCUCCGGAGCGGGCGCCGAGGCGGGGCCGCGAGCGGGAGCGGGAGGACGAGAGCGAGGACGAGAGCGACAUCCUGGAGGAGAGCCCGUGCGGCCGCUGGCAGAAGCGGAGGGAGCAGGUGAACCAGGGGAACAUGCCCGGGAUCCAGAGCACCUUCCUGGCCAUGGACACGGAGGAGGGGGUGGAAGUGGUGUGGAAUGAGCUCCACUUCGGCAACAGGAAGGCCUUCGCGGCCCACGAGGAGAAGAUCCAGACCAUGUUCGAGCAGCUGGCGCUGGUGGACCACCCCAACAUCGUGAAACUUCACAAGUACUGGCUAGACUCCUCCACGGCUCGUGCCAGGCUCAUCUUCAUCACCGAGUACGUGUCCUCGGGCAGCCUCAAGCAGUUCCUCAAAAAGACCAAGAAGAAUCACAAGGCCAUGAACACACGGGCCUGGAAACGCUGGUGCACGCAGAUCCUGUCGGCGCUCAGUUUUCUGCAUGCCUGCAGCCCCCCCAUUAUCCACGGAAACCUGACCAGUGACACCAUCUUCAUUCAGCACAACGGCCUCAUCAAGAUCGGCUCCGUGUGGUACAGGAUCUUCUCCAAUGUGCUCCCAGACGACCUCCGCAGCCCCAUCAGGGCCGAGCGUGAGGAGCAACGGAACCUGCACUUCUUCCCUCCGGAGUACGGUGAGGUCAACGAUGGGACGGCGGUGGACAUCUUCUCCUUUGGGAUGUGUGCCCUGGAGAUGGCUGUUCUGGAGAUCCAGGCCAACGGGGACACCCGAGUCACAGAGGAGGCCAUUGCUCGAGCCAGGCACUCGCUGAGUGACCCCAACAUGCGGGAGUUCAUCCUGUCCUGCCUGGCCCGAGACCCUGCCCGCCGACCCUCCGCUCACAACCUCCUCUUCCACCGUGUGCUCUUUGAGGUGCACUCGCUGAAGCUGCUGGCUGCCCACUGCUUCAUCCAGCACCAGUAUCUCAUGCCUGAAAAUGUGGUGGAAGAAAAGACCAAAGCAAUGGAUCUGCACGCAGUGCUGGCAGAGAUGCCUCAGCCCCACGGGCCCCCGACACAGUGGCGGUACUCGGAGGUCUCGUUCCUGGAGCUGGACAAGUUCUUGGAGGAUGUCAGGAACGGGAUCUACCCGCUGAUGAAUUUCGCGGCUGCGAGGCCCUUAGGGCUGCCGCGUGUGUUAGUCCCACCGCCGGAGGAAGCCCAGAAGGCCAAGACCCCCACGCCAGAGCCCUUCGACUCAGAGACCAGGAAGGUGGUCCAGAUGCAGUGUAACCUGGAGAGGAGCGAGGACAAGGCACGCUGGCAUCUCACGCUGCUUUUGGUGCUGGAGGACAGGCUGCACAGGCAGUUGACCUACGACCUGCUCCCAACCGACAGCGCCCAGGACCUCGCCGCAGAGCUGGUGCACUACGGCUUCCUGCAUGAGGACGACAGGGCGAAGCUGGCCGCCUUCCUGGAGAGCACGUUCCUCAAGUACCGGGGGACCCAGGCUUGACCCACACAGCCCUGGAAUCCCAGCGUGGCGCUGCGGCUCAGGGUGGCCCCACUUGGGAGAGGCUGGCGCCCCCCAGAGCUGCCCUCGGCUGGCUCUCCCGAGUGAAUGAAUCCUGGGCCUGCUGGUGGGCCUGGAGUCUCCCUGAGCAGCGCUGGGCCCCAGGGGUGGGGGUGGAGCUCAGCAGAGCGAGGGAGCGUGGGUGAGGGGUGGAGGGAGGGCAGGGGUCAGCCCUGGACAGACCUCUGCCAGGGAGCCUGCCACAUCUGGCAGGGAGAGCAGGCACCCACCAUUGGCACAACAGACCCAGGCCGGGAACCCGGAGAGCAAGCUGUGACCCGGUUUGGUGCGUGUGCAGCGUUGAGCUGGGAGCCAGCUGGCCAGAGAAGCAGGAUGGAGCCUGCAGUCAGCAACGCCCCGGGGGCUGGGGGCUCUGGGCAGACCGCCGAGCCCCAUCCCUGAUCUUCCAUUCACACAAGACUGCCUCCUGCGCCCCUCCCCGCUCCCCGGCAGCUGUGGCCUGGGCCCCCUGGCCGCCUGUCUCUCGCACUGGGCUCCUGCGGCGCUGUCAGGCCACCCACGGGAUGCUCACACCACCUUGGUUUCUGGCACUGCCUGUGUUCCAGUUUCCAUCUUAGUUAAUAGUCAAGGUGUUUUAACUUGUAUGCGUAAACUUCAUGCAUUCAACUUCCUUUUUAAGCAUUUCAAAUGUCAAACCAGGAAGGCUCACCACUGUACUAGUUGUAUAUAGCUGCCGAACAUCACAAACUUAGUGACUCAAGAUAAACACACGCUUAUGAUGAUUCUGUGGGUGGGAAGAACACCCAGGGUCCUACCAGACUAAAUCAAGUGUUACAUUGACUUUCAUUGUAUGUCUUCUCGGAGGUUCUGGUGGAAUCUACUUCCUGCUCAUUCAAGUGCUGACAAAAUUCACUUCCUGGCCAUGGUAGGGCCCAGGUUUCUUAAGUCAACUGAAGGCCACUCUUAGCUUCUAGGCUCACCCACCAUCUUGCUCCCUCCUUCCUCUACAUCAAGGCCAGCAGCACCCAGUUGAAUCCGCUGUAAACCUAUCAUCUCCAUCUCCCUGAGGAUUCCUGUGAUUAGAUCAGGCCCACCCAAUAACCCCUCACAAGCUCUGUAAAUCCACCACAUCCACAAAGCACCCUCUGCCCUGUAGAUUAACGGCAACUGGUAAUUCUGGUUAAGGAACUGACAAUUUUUGGGGGGGGGGGGGGUGUUCUGCUUACCACACCACCUUAACCAAAAGCCAGAAUUAAAACUUGCAAAGCAGGCAUAUCAAAUAAAUGAACUAGAAUGGAUUUCAGGUUAUCUUUAACAUUCCAAUAGCUUUACAAACUUCUUCAGAUCCUCCUACUUUCCAGUAUGAAAUUGUACAUCUCAUAUAACGGGAAUUCUGGGAGCUGGCUAGUCUUACACAGUUUCCAUAAGCGAUUGAAGCAGCGAUUAAAUGAGCUGGAAAGCACCAGCAUUUCCAGUGCCGAA